AUGAUGCAGCAAGAGCAAGAGCGGGAGCAGCUCCGGCACCUGCAGGAGUACAAGGAGGCUUUCACAAAGUCGACAGUCUUCACAAUGUUGGUUCGGCUGCUUGUGGGGGCUCUGGAUGGAGAGGAAGGUUGCAGCACGCUCCUCUUCAAGGAUGUUUUGCUCCUACUUCGAAAUCUGGUGUCUGUUCCAGACCCGGGCCCUGGUGACACAGGCUUUACGCCCUUGAGGCGAAGGAUGCAGUUGACCUUCAUUCGAAACUUUUGCGAAGAAGGCGUUCUUGCCUUCUUCCUGCUGCUGGGCAAUGAGCUGACAGCCCAGGCUCAGGAGGACACACAGCAGGUCUGGGCACUGGCCGACAUCAUUUACCAUCUUUGCGCCCACUUUGAUCCCGAGGUGGGCAGAGUGCUGGGUGCCUGCCCUGGCGUGUCAGGCUUAGCCACCCUGCGCUGCAUGCGCUUGAUGGCCCCGCAUAAGCAGCGCCAGAGACCGAAAGGUCAUGCAGGUCACGUUUGGGAGCUUCUUGCUGGCCGUUUGCUCGUAUCGAGCUCACGCAAGCGGGAGACCAGAGUGCCACAGCUGGCUGUGCGAAGUUGCUCAGCAAUGGCAGAUCAAACGGCCCCUGGCCACUGUGAAAUCGAUGUGUGGAGCUUCAACUUGAGAACUGAGACUGCCAAUGAGGAGGAUCCCCAGAAUGUCUGGUCCAAAAGACGUGAAGGAAUCUCUGCUCUGAUAGCAAAAUACAAGCCAGCUGUUGUAUGUGUGCAAGAAGCGACCAUGUCCAUGCUGCGAGAUGUGUGUCUUCAUCUAGAUGGAAAUUACGAAUGGAAAGCCACAUCCCGGUUUCCAGACAAGCAGGACGAGGCCGCUGGAUUUCUGCUUGAUACCCACCGUGUGCGGCUUUUGGACUACUCAGUCUUCUGGCUGUCGCCGCCCGGUUGCCCAGAAGGCAAGCCAGGUUGGGAUGCGCAAUUCCCGCGAACGUGUGAGGCUCUGCUGCUUGAGAUCCUCGGAUCCGGCGGAAGUCAGGUGCGAAUCCUGAAUACCCACUUCGACCACCAGGGAUCAGUUGCCCGCUUGAAGUCAGCCCUGAUGAUUUCCGAAUCUAUCGCAAAAUUCUCUAUCAGCAUGUCCGCCUGUGCACAAAUCUUGUGCGGUGAUUUUAACUCACCAAAGUCCAGUGAAGCAUACGAUAUUCUUGUCAGGAACCGGCACGAAGCCAUUCCAGCAGCUCGACCAAUGAAGGAUGUCUUCCGGUGUGACAACGUGGAGGUUUCCGAAGGUGUGCGAAGCACAAUCCACAAGUGGCAGGGGGUGGCAUUCACGGACGCGUGCGGGGACGGAACCGUUGACUUAUCACACGGAACACGUCACGACAGCCGCCACAUUGACUGGAUCCUCUUUCAGGAUGCCUUGCACUCAAAUGGCAGCACACGAUUGCGCCCGCUGCGUUGUAAGGUCAUCACGGACACCAUGGCAAGUGGUCGGUAUCCUUCAGAUCACUUCCCUGUCAGCACUACAUUUCUUGUAGAAGCGACUCACGCAUCAUCGACUUCACCCGCGGAGCGGCCCAAGAACGAUCUAGCGGAGCUACUGGCUCGUGACAAAGCAGACCAGAAGCUCCUGGCGCCAGCGUCAUCCAGGCAUAGCCGCUUCGGCACAUCGAUGAUGGCCGUGUCUUCGGAUGGAUCCAUGUCGUUAUCAUCGUCCGUACAGCAGAACAGCAUCAUUCAGAAAAGCUCCGCGCUUCUGAAGCGGGAGUUCCGCAAUCCCGACGGUAACGGGAGGAAGAGCAACAUGUUCCAUAACCUUUUCUUUGUGGACCUCGUGGAGGGGUCAGUCCGGGAGCACAACCAGGUGAAUCCGCACGUGCGAGGAGUUCUAGACGAUCGCACGUACCACCCGCAGAAGGUUCUGCAAGGCUAUCGCACUUUUUUUGAGCAAUUGUGCUCGACCUCCUUCAGCUCGCUAGUGAGCUUCAUGCGAAGCAGCUGCACCAUCAGCUCAACCAAAGAAAAGGCCACGUCGACGGAGUUCAACAUGCCGCACUUGCUGAACUUUGUAUCCUGGUUCUUGGAGUUCCAUCGUGUUCAGCACGCAACACAGGUCCAAGAAGCCAAGAAGACAAACUCAACGCCCCCUGACAUGGACAUAGCUGCAGUCCAAGGGGCCAUUGAUUUGGACAUGAUCCAGUUUACAACCGCUCGACUUCGGGACUUUGGUAAGGGAGCCCAAAUUCAUUCUUCAUUUCUGGUCGUGGUUCUCCGAACUCUCUCGGCACAAAUCCAUACCAUCAAAGUCAUCACAGAGUGCUCUGGCUCUGAUACACGAGACUGUGGAGAUCUCUUGGUGACCCACGCUGUUAAGGAAGAUAUCUUGGGAAACAUUUCCUGGAUCAUGAAGAACUUCAACUCUUCUGUGCAUGAUCCUCGCAUUCUCUCGUACUCAGUGGAGGCCUGGCACACCUUGACAAUGCUGAUGGAGAAACGAGGCGAAAGGGGAGCUGAAGCGGAAUUCCAGGUAGAAAAGAUCCGCGGAGUGCACAUGAUGCGCUCGACCACGUCAGUUGAGAAGGAGAUUGCAGGCCUUUCCGACUCCAGAGUCGUUGAAAACCUCUUCCACUUGCUGGAGAAGUAUCGACGCCACACACCUCUGCUGCAGUCCAUGCUUGUCAAGCUGAUCCGGAGCAUCAUGGAUGCACAGCCCACGAACAUUGUCUUGUUUUUCGAGCUGUCCUAUUUCAUGCGUAUACAGCGCAUCAUGACCGAUCCCUUGCUGACCAGCACAAAGAACUCAGAGAGAUACAAAGACCUCAUCGGACUGCUCCGAUUCAUCUUGCGUGAGUUUUUCAAGUGUGCUGAAAGUAACAAAUGUGUCUUCGCUGAACUGCUUUUCCGCAAAGUGCAGGAAAGUCAGAAGGAUGCACUGGAGACUUGUGCUGCUGAAUUCGGUGCGAUUCUCAGCAACUACGAAGAAGAGAGUUACCGCAAGGUCCUGGACAGGAUUGAUGCUGGAGACACGGUUAAUACGCUUCGAAAGCAGCGGGCCGACCUGAUGAAGGGACAGGGAUGGACAGAAGAGGAAGAUGCUGUACUGCGGCAGCGCUAUCCCCUGUAUAGAGAACAUCUGCUUUAUGCCGACUUGCUGGUUGGUGACCUGCCUGAGCCCGACAAGCGAACAUCUCUGCAG